UUAAUUUUUUCUUCGACUGGUUCUUGACGUAUUCUUUUUAAUCCUUUUGUUAUUUAUUAAAAGGGUUUUCGAAAAAGUAGGUAGAGAAUGAGGAAUGGUUAAAAAGUAUUGUGACGAUAUCAGUAACAGUGGGCGUAUUUCAUCGACCUUCUGUUUUCAGCUUUCUAUUUCUCUAUUGAAACAAAAAAAUAGAAAAGUAUCGCUACUGUCAAAAGAUUUUCAUUUAUUUUUUGUUCGCUGCAAGACUGCGAGUAUUUGUUGAUUGUUUACCUACUCGAGUUCAUAAGGAGAGGACAGGAAGGACUUAAAGAGAGCAAUUAUUAUUUCCUAUUUAUAUGAUUCUUAUCGUUGAAAAUUCCAAGCAUUUAAGUGGGGUUUUAUUCGCUGCUAACUUGCCAAGUAAUAUUCCUUUAUUUGGCCGUUUUCAGGUGACAACUUCGCUAAUUUAGGUUACAGAAAACUGCAACAAAAAGACUCAUUGACUAUAUAGAUAUGCUUUCUCGAGAUUUAUGUAUUAUAAACAGAAGUAAUCGUUUACUAUCAAAAACAGCUAUUUGAGCUAUUUAUCGUGACAUUACGAUAAUUUGAUCGAACGUAAAAUCGUUUUUCGGAACAUUGGAGGCAUUAGAGCAUCUAAAAAAUUACUCAUUCAUUCCAUUAUCAUCACACAGGUAUCAGCUGAGUCAGCUGAGUGCUUCGUUCGGUUUGUUUACUAACAUUAGCCAAUGAAGCACCCCUCCUAAUCAGCUCAACUUGGAGCAAGAAGUGGAAAAAAAGUUUUGAAUUUUGAAUUUUUUCCUUCAAAAUUUUCAAGUCAACGAAGCGAUAUAUUUCAAUAUAGGUAAAUGUUAAAGUCGUACGAAUUUAAUUACAAAUACGUUCUGUUUCAAUUGCACAAUCAAUACCGGCUGUCAAUCAUAAAAGUACGUAUUUGGAAGAUCAAGUCCGGCCACUAGUUGCAUACUUCUUCAAAUUUCUUCUUUUGAAGAUCAGAUUAUUCAGAUUUCUACCUCUACUUUCAUAAAGUUCUAAGUGAUUGCUGCCGUCUGAGUUCGGUUUCAUAAUUUACAAUUUGGAAGAAUGGCUGGUGCUGCUUCGUUCGAAGAAAUAAAACUGGAUAUCCUCCAGAAUGGUACUUACGAUACCAUGAACAAAUAUAGAAAAGAAAAUCUGUUUUGCGAUGUGUCUCUCGACAUCAACGGUACUCUGUUUCCUUGUCAUCGUCUCAUUUUGACUGCCUCGUCUGAAUACUUUCAAGUAAUGUUUAAUGACAAUUUCAAAGAAAGCAGCUUGAAAGUCGUUCCCAUGAAGGAAAUCGAUGCCGAAACAAUGGAAAUCUUGCUAUCCGCUAUGUAUACCACGCGAAUUCGUUUGCUUCCAGAAAACGUGUAUUUCGUAUUGAAAGCAAGCCAUAUGCUCCGAAUUCAUGUGAUUUUCAACGCAUGUGUAGACUGCAUUAUGAAAAACGUCCAUCAUAUUCAUUACUUACCUGAUACGUGUUCAUUUGCGAAAAGUAUCGAAGCUGAAGCUGGAGAAUUAUAUGAUAAAUGCGUAGAGAGCUUAGCAUUGGCCAUGUUUUAUUGGGAAAAAACUGACGCCUUUUUGCAUCUUUCCUACGAUAUAUUAAAAGAAGUAUUAUCAAAAGUGAAAUCCAUUGAUGACAGUCGCGAUGAUGACCUACUCCCUGUAAUCAUAAAAUGGUGUAAAUAUAAUUAUCACAUUAGUACGAAGGAUAUUAGGGUACUUAUGCGGACUUGUAAUUUUAGCCCAACACUCAGAUUUGCAUUGGCUGAAUUGAUAGCUGCUGCGAGAAGUAAAGAUGACGAUGAAAGUGCGGAAGAUGAAAAUCAAUCAAAUAAUUGUGAUUUUAACUUGAAUCUUUAUUUGUAUGCCGUUGACGUAAAAAGUGGAGCUAAAGGAUGGGGAUCGCUGAAGCUAGAUGAGUCAUUCAGCAAUUACACACUAUCAAACUUUCAAGCCAUGGAUCCUUUGUGUCGCGCGAGAAUUUGUUCAGUGGGACUGAAGACUUACUAUUUCGAACGAUAUUUUUCAACUGCAAGAAAACCGUAUAUUUUUUCUUGUUUUGAAGACGGUAGCAGAAUAGAUUUGCAAGUGCCAAAUGAUCUUCAUGUUUAUAGAAGUUUCAAAAUGUUAGCGGUUGGAACAGUGAUUUAUUUCUUCGAAGGCCGUUACGGUUCUAACAAUAACAUCUGGGUUUACAAUUGUGAACUAGACACGUGGCAAAACAACACUUUUCAAGUACCCUCACAUGGUAAUUCAUCGAAAUCAGUUUUGUGUGAUUAUUCACAUUGGUCCGAUGUUACGUAUUUAGAUCAUGUUAUUCAUGUUGUUGGGUGUAAAAAACGUAACUCCACGUCUGGUGAUAGAUAUAUCAUGUCAAUCGAUACUCGUGCUCCUCAGAUCAAAAAUUUAAUCACAUUCCCAAGCCCUUUUCAACAUGAAAGUGCAGCCGUUUGCGCAUUCGAUGGAAAAAUAGCGAUUUCAGGCUCCAAUCAUGAUGGUACUUUGCAUAAUACCUUUAGUAUUUUAGAUGUGACAGCCGGAAAAUGGAGAACUGAUCUGGAGCCCAUGAACGAAGGCAGAGCAAAGCAUAAGCUAAUUCAUCGUAAUGAGUUUAUCUACACUGUGGAAAAAAAACCAGUCAUUAUUAACAAUGAGAAAUAUGAUGUCAAGUUGAAUACGUGGAUCGAGAUCCCAAAGUUACCGGAACGAGCUGAGUUCGUUAAGCCUGAUGGCGUUAGCAUGACAAUAGGUUUUGGUGAUCUAAUUAAUGCUGAAUCCAUUCCUCUGUAAGCUGUAGGAUUGGUAUAUUUUCGUGUUAUUUUUACCACAGUCAUUAAUUUAGUCUUGAUAUUGUUCUGUUCUAUUUUGAUUGAAAAUAAAAAUUAAAAAAAAAAA